AUCGUUAUGGAGCACGGGUAAUUGAGGCUUUCAACGAACACACGGGGGCGCACUACUCUCAAUUCUGAACCUUUGAACAGUGGCGUAAUAAGAUUGUGAGGAUAUCUUUCCAAACCUAAUACCUUGGUCUGUUUUAACCAUUGACUUUUUUUGAACGAAUGAUUCGAUGAGGACUUGUAUGAGAUGAGAAGAUAUCGUCUCCUUCCAUUUAUCGUCGACAUCAUGAUGAGGCUUCCAAGUCAUUUGUAUCCGUAUACAACUAUAAUACAGUCAGACAUCAACUUUCCGAUACUCAUCCGGUGAUUGACAAGAGGAAUUGCAAAAUGUUCUGUCUUCUUGCUCCCUUGAGUUCAUCGCUCAAUGACCCCCGAAGAAAGUGAUCUACUUUCACACAUAGGAACGCUCAUUUAUUAUGGAAUUGUCGUCCUGAUUGUCGAUUGUACGCUUUAUGGCUUCUAUCUUCUCGCUGAAUUCAUUGCCUUGUACCUCUUCAUAAAAUAUGGGCUCAGACAACGUAUUCAAAAGAUUCUGUUUAUUUGCUCUCUGACUACGAUGGCCACUGCUACAUGGGACUUCGUGAACCAAUGUGCCCUAAAUCUGAUUCAGAUCAAGGUUUCGCUCAUGGAACCUCUGGAAGCGGGUCUUCAAGCUCAAGUUGACGCUGCUCAUAGCGCUGUCCUCCCGUGGUAUUCGAUGAUGGUCUGGCCAAUAAGCAUAAACAUCAUCAUUGGGAAUGGUAUCGUCCUUUGGCGAACUUGCGCAGUUUGGGAAAACGAUAGGCUCAUCGGAUCGGCUUUGCUCGUGAUGAUGCUUGUGAAUACAGGGAUCUGCUGUUCGGACGCCAUUGUUGGGACUAUCGUUAGAUCUCAAGGUGUGAAGAGUGGGAAUUCUUCCCUGGAGACAGCUCAGAUGUUCAUCUGUUUGGCCAUAAAUUUCAUUGCGACUAGCCUUAUUGGGGUCAAAGCAAAGCAAAGGCCUCAGCUGGUGAAAGAGUACUUUAGCCUAUCCAGAAAGCGCCGAGAAAUUGUUGAAAGGACAGUCUUGGUGCUUACGGAGUCAGGCGUUGUCCUUCUCUUAUUCCAGCUGCUAUAUGCGAUAUUCGGGCAGCUAAAUAUCAGCGCCGCUCAAUUUUCGGGCGUCAAUAUUGCUUGGAGUAUUAUCGCUACGAUGUUCAACGCAAUCACGGUCCUUUAUGCGGUGGCCGUCAUUAUCAUGAUAAUCGUCGAUCGCUCAGCAUUGGACAAGUUGUUUGAACUUAAAACAACCAUCAACAUUUCAGUGAGCGAGAAGAACGGCCAAACAACCAAGAUCUCGACGUUGCGUUUUGCGGAAGGAGGGCACCAAGCCACAUAUUCUACAGGAUUGGGCAGUGCUGAUCUGGAGGUAAUCCAAGAAGCAAGCUCUAGGAUAGAUCGUCUCGCAUCAUCGAACGGUGAUAUCAAAGACAAAAGUCCCAACGAGUCCGAAAUCACAGUGCAGUGAUCCAUUGCUACUACAUAUGUAUAAAUUUUAUUCUUGUAUUAUUUUGUUUUGUUGGUAAAAAUGACUAUGUUUCACUUUUCUAUCUUCGUGUUACUUGUUUUAAAUCCACAU